GUGUGGCUGUAGACAGCUCCAGCCAGUCAGACGCCAGCAGAGACGAGCGCGAGCCCUCUUUGCUUUGUAGUCGGCUCCGUCCUCUACGGCUGAACGCUGCACGCGCUGUGUUUCCAGACAAGCAAGGAAUCAGGAUCCCGAGAGACACGGAGAGGACCACCGGUCUACCGGUGUAAGCUCAGAAGAUAGAGCUAGUGGACUAAUUAACUAGAAUUAAUAUCUGGACAACUGGUAAUUUACUGUGGCAAAUGAGUCCUGUGGAGCCAGCUCACUGAAUGACAAAUAUCCCGUUUUACUAAGUGGCAACGCGAUAUCGGAGCUUUCUUCAAGAAGGGGACCUGGUUUGACAUAGGGAUGUAUCGGUCCCGGGAUAGCAUGUAGGGGACAUUAUCAUCUUGGAGAAGUAGAGGCUAGCGCCACUUUAACGCUGACAACCGAACCCCGACCGGCUGCUGUUACGCUUUUUGGUUUGGUUGAGUUUAGAGACUCAAACACGACAAUAUUACUCUCUGGGCAGAAAAACUUUGUCUGUAUUUGGAACAUGUUGACAGCCCAUGCCAAGACUUUUUGUUAAAUUCUGUAACUAAUCCAAUAGCAUUCUGACCCCUAGGGUUGCUUUGGAAACUUCUGUAAAACAGUGACUGCCAGAGCUGUUUAAAUUUACACUACGGGUCAGUGUGACUGCAUUUGGAAUUGUGAUUUUGCUCCUGAAGCGCUGCCAUCCUGUUUAAGUGCUGUUCCCGUUAUUUUGUCCAGCAGUUGCAGCUCCACUGCAGCCUAUCUGUGCUUAGUGUGUCUAUCAGUGUGGGUUAUUCACAGUGCUGCUAUGUAGACUGACUGGAGCCAUGCUCAGACAGCUCGACUGUAACCCCAAUUCAAAGGCACUGGCCUGGACUGCUCACACAGAAAGUAACCUUUACAGCUGAGGAAAGCUUCCUGCAAAUCUUGAUCCAGAGGGACGACUUGUGCAGAAUAGCAGAUGUUACACAGCUUUGUGUACUAAUAUGGAUUAUUCAGGAUGCUGCUCUGCAGACAGAGUGGAGCCAAAGAAAAUCUGCUGGUGAAGUUAGAGUAACUCACAUGGUUGUGCAGCUUCCUUUAGUGCAGUGAAAUAGAUUGUGUUACACUGUUGGCAGCUGGAGGUUUGUCAGAAAAAGCUUUGUGUAUUACAACAAAACUCAUACUGGUAAAUAUGCGUAUGUUAUGAGUUGGAAACUUUAACAGACUGGGAUCCAAAUUUUUAUCUGACAAAAGUCCUCUUUUACAAUAAUUAAGCAAAUGUUUUCAGCAGGUGAAACUUUUGAAAGAUGACACUCCCAAAGUGGGGACAGUUUUGAAAGCUUUGCUUGACUUACAUUUUGUGUAGUUGAAACUUGAUCUGUUUUUAAUAUAUUUUCACUAGCUUUUUGUUUAAAAUAGGCUAAUUUCGGAAAAUGAAGAACCCUCAUCCACUAAGUAAUACCUGGAAUGGAUCCAUAACCAAAGAACCGGUACUGAUCUCUGUGCCAGGUACUAACAAGAAGUUCAAGAGGAAGUCUCGGGAGCCUAAAAAGCUUUUCAGCGGCCCUGAGCCUGAGAGGAUAAAAACCUACCCAGCGAACAUGUCGGAUGUAGACUCAGUUGAUGACACCCAGACAGAGGCAUGUAAUGUCAAUAGCUUGUCUACACUACAGAGACAGCUGAAGAUGUCACAGGAAGGGAUGGCCAAUACUACAGGGAUUCUGUCAGAACUACCAGAAGGCAAUGUAGCUCCAGCUCAGAGUGGUGCCAUAGACAUGAGAAUUGGCAUUAACAUACCUGCCAUUACUUCCAAACUUUCCCAGUUACCUGCCUCUCAAUUUUCGAAUUCGGAGAUCUCCCACUGGCCCACAGCUAUCUCCCAGCCUCUUUCCAACAGACUCAAACUGGGCCUCCGCUCCACUUUCCCUCUGUCAACAUCAACCAGCAGCAGCCACAGCCAUUCACCCAGCCACCAAGCCUUAUCCAUGGAGCCCUCUUUGUCAGGCCAAACUGCAGCUCUGACUGUCCCCAGAGCCUCCCAGACCUCCCAAUGUCACGAACACGUGGAGCCCCAGGUCCAGUCACCCAAGGAGUCUCCCAAAAAACGGGUUGUAGUGAGUGCUGAUGGACCUGAGCAUCUCCCGGAGGUCAAAGCCAUCCAGCAGACCAGGAGGCUUCUAGCCAAUGCCAGAGAGAGGACCCGUGUCCACACUAUCAGUGCUGCAUUCGAGGCCCUAAGGAAGCAGGUGCCAUGUUACUCCUAUGGGCAGAAGCUAUCCAAGCUGGCAAUAUUACGUAUAGCCUGCAACUACAUCCUGUCUCUUGCUCAAUUGGCUGAGCUGGACUACAGUUCAGACCACAAUAGUCUGAACUUCUCUCAGUGUGUGGAGCAGUGUACCAGGACCCUGCAGGCUGAGGGUAGAAGCAAGAAGAGGAAGGAGUGAGGCUGAUCGCAGUGGACAGGUCCAAUACACAUGAGGACAAAGCUAUGAGGAUGCAGAAUACUCGUAGAAAGCAGAUAAAUGGAAGAUUGGAUGAAUUGUAAACUUUUUUGUCAAUAUUGCUUUCACCACUUACUAAGCAAACAAUACUUAAUUGAUGUGGAAGGCCCAAGAACACCAACUGACAAUCUAUAUAAUCCCUUUGCAAUAACUAUGCAUACAGUUAAACACAUUACAUUACUGUUACUCCAGUUUUGUAUUAGAGCAACUGUUACCUUGUCAAUACCAUGUUUAAGUAUGUAUUUCCUGGCAACAUGAAGCUCAUCUGGUCACAGGAUCUUGUGUAAAGUUUUUAAAACAAGUGUCAGUUUAAUGCGUAUAAAUCAUUUUAACUCAAA